CGUCAUCAACACGCGCCAGAAAGGGGUAAAAGGUCGUUUGCCUGUGUUUUGUAAAGCCGAUCACACCCAGGUUAGUUAAAGGUUUGUGUGCUCCAAAACAUAAUGAACGUGAACAGUUUCCUCGCCUUGUCCAGAGCUUUUCCACGCGGAAAAUACACGCUCGCCUGUCACGCGUGGCACCAGGGGAAACAGGCUCUACGUGCACAGCAGCGGAGGACUUUCAGAAGUCAUUCAAGGAGUCUAGCCUAUGCCAAGGAUCUGUUCCUGGGUCAGAUCAACAAGGCUGAGGUCUUCCCUUAUCCAGAGAUUGGAAAGGAGGAGCUGGAGGAGAUUCAGCAGUUUGUUGCGCCAGUAGAGAAGUUCUUCAGUGAGGAAGUUGAUUCAGCAAAAAUAGAUAAAGAAGCAACAAUCCCAGCAGAGACUCUGAAUGGCCUGAAGGAGCUGGGCUUGUUUGGAAUCAUGAUCCCUGAAGAGUACGGUGGUCUGGGAUUGUCCCACACCAUGUAUGCCCGGCUGAACGAGAUCAUCGCGUUAGACGGCUCUAUUGCUGUCACUCUGGCCGCACACCAAGCCAUUGGUCUGAAGGGGAUUCUGAUUGCUGGGAAUGAAGCCCAGAAGAAGAAAUAUCUCCCCAAACUGGCUUCAGGAGAACACAUCGCUGCGUUCUGUCUUACAGAACCUGGCAGUGGAAGCGAUGCAGCUUCCAUUCAGACGCGGGCGACCCUGUCUGAAGAUGGGAAACAUUACCUGAUCAGUGGCUCCAAGAUUUGGAUUUCUAAUGGAGGCUUUGCAGACAUCAUGACAGUGUUUGCUCGGACUGAGGUAGAGGUAGAUGGUGCAAAGAAAGACAAGAUUACUGCUUUUAUCGUUGAGAAGGCUUUUGGGGGCAUCUCCAGCGGCAAACCUGAGGACAAACUGGGCAUCAGGGGUUCCUACACCUGUGAAGUUUCCUUUGACAACGUUCCUGUUCCAGUGGAAAACGUGAUCGGAGAGGUCGGAGGUGGAUUCAAGGUGGCCAUGAACAUCCUGAACUCAGGGAGGUUCAGUAUGGGCAGUUCUUGUGCUGGAAUGAUCAAAAAGCUGAUGGAGUUGACCUCUGAGUACGCCGCAACCAGGAAGCAGUUUAAUAAAAGCCUGAGUGAAUUUGGGAUGAUCCAGGAGAAGUUUGCCCUGAUGGCCAUUAAUGCCUUUGUAAUGGAGAGCAUGGCGUACCUGACUGCGGGGAUGAUGGAUCGACCAGGAGUUCCAGAUUGUUCGUUAGAGGCCGCCAUGGUCAAGGUGUUCAGCUCAGAGGGAGGCUGGAUUUGUUGCAGUGAGGCUCUGCAGGUCCUUGGAGGUCUGGGUUAUACUAAGAACUACCCCUUUGAGCGCUACGUCCGGGACUGUCGCAUCCUGCCCAUCUUUGAGGGGACGAAUGAAAUCCUGAGGAUGUAUGUCGCUCUCACUGGAAUGCAGUACGCUGGGAAAGUGCUCACUGGAAAAAUAAAGGAAAUGAAGAAAGGAAAUAUAUUUCUGGCCAUGAACAUGGCUGGGAAGAAGCUGAGGACCUCACUGGGAGCAUCAGUGGACCUUGGCCUGACAGGAAAGGAUGGAGUGGUGCACCCCAGCUUAGAGGAAAGUGCCAAGAAGCUUGAGCAGAAUGUAAGCCUUUUUGGGUCAACAGUGGAGAGCCUCCUGUACAGAUAUGGAAAGAGCAUAGUGGAUGAACAGCUGGUCCUGAAGAGGGUAGCAGACAUACUGAUCAACCUCUACGCCAUGACGGCUGUCCUGUCCAGAGCCAGCCGCUCCAUCAGCAUUGGCCUCAGGAAUCACGACCAUGAGGUGCUGCUCGCAAACACAUUCUGCAACGACACCUUCUUCAAGAACAAUUACUUCAUAGUUCAGCUGCAGAAACAUGCUCCAGAAAACAACGAUGCCAGCAUCAAGAAGAUCGCUAAGGCAGUCUUGGAGAACAGAUCUUAUAUCUGCUCACAUCCUCUUGAAAGAUCAUACUGAGUUCUCUCCUCUGACAUUAGACGUGUCUUUCUAAGCAUAUCAGACUUACUACAUUUUGUCAAAUGUGGCUGGAGAGAAAACAUGAGAUCAAGCUUUUAGUGAAAGGAAACGAUCCUAAGUGUUCUUUAACAAUCUGUCAGUGAAGAAAAUGUAAAAAAAAAAUAAGCCAGUUUGGUAGAGAAAGUCCGGUUUUCUUGUAAUCUGCUCAGUGUAACAUGUUCAAAAUCUGAUCACGUGUGUUUCUCCAAGUUGGAUUAAGUCUCCUAGAAAGUAAAGCUGGUGUUCUCAUCAGUCGGAACCAAGGAGCCUGCUGCUCCAGGAAGGAAUUGUGAUGCUCAUCUACAGUUCUAGUGAAAGGUUGUUGCAUCUGUGAGGUUUUGAACCUUUUAGAAUAAAAUGUGUAAUUUGAA